UGCUGGGGUAACUGAGAGGCACUGAAGGACUUCUGAUGGAUCUUCUCUUUUUGUUUUCCAGAGAGACAGCUUCUCUGUAUGGCAAUGAAAAACUACAGUGCUAUCAGUGAGUUUGUUCUCCUUGGACUGCCUAUCGAGCCUCGUAUUCAGGCUGUAUUCUUUGUGCUGUUCCUUCUAAUUUACCUCCUCACUCUGAUGGGAAAUUUCUUGAUGCUGCUGAUGAUUAGGGCUGAUUUUCACCUGCACACACCCAUGUACUUCUUUUUGGGACAGCUGUCUUUCCUGGACCUCUGCCACUCAUCUGUCACAGUCCCCAAGAUGCUGGAGAAUCUGCUUUCUGAAAGUAAAACCAUCUUUGUAGAGAGCUGCCUGGCUCAGGCCUUCUUUGUGUUUGCCACCGGGGGCACUGAAGCUUGCCUGCUGGCUGUGAUGGCCUAUGACCGCUACGUAGCCAUCAGCUGCCCUCUGCUCUAUGGCCAGCUGAUGAACAAGCAGCUCUGUGCUGGGCUGGUGUGGGGCUCCUGGAGCCUGGCCUUUGUUGAUGCUCUCAUCAAUAUCCUCCUGGCUGCCAGUUUAGACUAUUGUGAGGACCAAACUAUUCCCCACUUCAGCUGUGAGCUGUCUUCUCUCUUCCCUCUGUCUUGCUCUGAUACCUCCCCCAAUUUCACACUCCUGCUCUGCUCUUCUGUCUUGCAUUUCUUUGGAACCUUCAUUAUGAUUGUUUCCUCCUAUGCCCGCAUUGUCUCCACCAUCCUGAGCAUCAGCUCCACCUCAGGCAGAAGCAAGGCCUUCUCCACCUGCUCCUCCCACCUCACUACUGUGAUCUUGUUCUAUGGCUCAGGCUUCCUCAGCUAUCUCUUGCCAACCUCCGGAUCCCCCCUGGAGAUGGUCUUCUCCUUGCAGUACAGUGUGGUCACUCCCAUGCUGAAUCCUCUUAUCUACAGCCUGCAGAACAAAGAGGUGAGGGCCGCUCUGAGAAGAAUGUUCAGAAAAUAUUUUCAUCCUCUCUUGUAGUGGACACAAAUGAUAAUGAAGGAGAAGCUGAGCUAUUAUGCCACAUGAUCAGACAAUGGACUUUAAGGAGAGUUUCUUGAUUGUCCACGAUGCCAGGUGCUACAGGGAACAUAGUGGCAUUUAUUUCCUUGGAACUGCUUCUGAAAAGGACAGACAAGUCUUAGGAUAAUUCCAGUUCAGUCUUAUUUGGAAAAGGAGAAAUGAACCAGAUAACCCUCUUUUUCAAGGGAUCAUUUGGUAAAAAUGUUGAUGUGUUACUCAUAUCUAUUGGUAUUGUUGCUAAUUAUUCCUUCACGCUUCUUCAAAUAAUUACACUCCAAAUCCCUAGGAAAGCUGACUUUCUCAAAAUUAUACAUCCAUAAAGUGAAGUGAUCCUGUAACCCGGGAUAGAGUAACCAUUCUACCCCUUUCUCCUGACAGUGCAUUGAGGCAAGGAGUGACACCAAGACCCAAGUGAAGUUAUUUAGAAUCUUUCUCUAGGAAAUUCAAAUGUUGGGAAGGAACAAACAACAACAACAACAAAACAGCAUUCAGAAGAAAGUCAGUCUGACUGUAGUGCCUAAAGUGACCACAAAACCUGGUUCCCCUGGCAGUUGUC